AUGUCGUCAGACGGCAGCAGCGUGGUGCUCCGCUCUGCUCGGUGUUGCUCUGGGAGUGGAGUGGGGGCCGUCUUCCUCGUGGGGGUGUCCCCCGAGCCCCGGCACAUGGCCCUGCUGGAGGAGGAGAGCCAGGAGUUCGGGGACGUGGUGCUGUGGGAUUUCGGCGAGAGCCACCACAACCUGUCGCUCAAGGAGCGCUGCUUCCUGCGCUGGGUGGGGGCGCUGCUUCCUGCGCUGGAGAUUUGUGUAUCACACCGUGGGCUAGUUUCCGACGGGAUUUUUUUUUUCUUCCCCACUUUCGGCCGAGCCUCGAGGGGAGCGGAGAUGAAGCUCUGGGACGCCGUGAUCCUGAUUCGGAUCCUGCUCCUGCUCCUCCUGAUCGGCGGGUUUUUUUGGUUGUUUCCCGCUGUGAGGAUCCGACUGAGGCGGACCCCGCAGGGGACCCCUUGCCCCGGCCCCGGCCCCGGCCCCGACCCCGGCCCCGGCCCCGGCGCAGUGGAGCUGCCCGACGGGACCUUCACCUUCCGCUUGGAUCCCGCCGCCUUCUGGGCCGAGUUCCCCCAGCUGCAGAGCUACCGGUGCCGGGAGCUGAUCCCAGGGGACGGGGUUUGCACCGGGCCCCCGGGGCCACCCCUGCUGCUCCUGGCCGUGAAAUCCCACCCAGAGUCCAGCGCCAGACGGGCCACCGCCCGCCGCACGUGGGCCCGGCCCGGGGUGCUGGGGGGCUACCGGGUCCGAGCCGUCUUCCUCGUGGGGGUGUCCCCCGAGCCCCGGCACAUGGCCCUGCUGGAGGAGGAGAGCCAGGAGUUCGGGGACGUGGUGCUGUGGGAUAUCGGCGAGAGCCACCACAACCUGUCGCUCAAGGAGCGCUGCUUCCUGCGCUGGGUGGGGGCGCACUGCGGGCAGGCGGAUUUCAUCUUCAAAGGGGACGAUGAUGAGUUUGUGACCCCCCCCGCCCUGGUGUCCUACCUGCGCCAGACGCCCGACGCCUCCCACGUCAUCCACGGCAACAUCCAGCGCCAUCCACCCGUGAUGAGAACCACGAAAUAUCGCGUCUCCUCCGCCCUGUUCCCCCAGGACACGUACCCCGACUUCCCCUCCGGGGGCGGGUUCCUCAUGCCCAGGUCCAGCGUCCCGGCCCUGGCCGCGGCCUCCGAGCGCAUCCCCGUCUUCCCGCUGGACGACGUCUACUUGGGCUUCCUGGCGCUGGCCGCCGGGCUACGGUACCGGCACGACGCCCGGUUCCGGGUGUACGGCGUGAAGGACGAGCUGUGUCUGUACGGGGAGGCCUUCCUGGUGCACGGGGUGUCGCUGGGCAGGGCGGAGGAGGUGUGGAGGGGGUUGUACACGGAGCGACGGUGCAACGGGACGGGGCCUCUCCCCUCUUAG